AUGACCUCUGGUAGUCCACCAGGCAGUGAUGGUGAUGACAAUGAAGAUGGAGAUGAAGAGGACACAUUGAAAGUAUUGUCCUAUAGGUUUCUUGUUGCAAUGAUGCUUGAAGUCUCCCUAUUGGGUCUGUUCGUCAUUACAGUGACAAAAGCGUUCAGAGCUGCUGCUGGAGUGGUUCACAAGUCCCUAAACGUGCACAUUGGGCAAUGCUACUCUGUGCUUCUGACAGCCGACAAGGAGCCUGAGGACUACGUGAUGAUGGCUUCCACUCGUUUCACUAAAUUUACAUUAUUAAAUCCUUCACUGUUGCAGGUUGUGGAACUUCUCAUCCAAAAGUUGGAGAGUGAGCCAAGUUGCCAUCGCAAGGUGGACCUGUUCUUUCUUGUGGACUCUAUCACACAAUGUUCUCAUAGUCAGAAAGGAAUUGCGGGAGCAUCAUAUAUUCCCACAGUACAAGCAGCACUGCCUCGUCUUUUAGGUGCUGCUGCUCCACCUGGAUCUGCCGCUCGUGAAAAUCGUCGUCAAUGUCUUAAGGUCCUGCGGUUGUGGCUUGAGCGGAAAAUUUUACCUGAAUCACUUCUUCGGCGGUACAUGGAUGAUAUUGGAGUUUCAAAUGAUGAUUUGACUGCUGGAUUUUUUCUUAGACGUCCAUCUCGAUCUGAGCGUGCUAUUGAUGAUCCAAUUAGAGAAAUGGAAGGAAUGCUUGUUGAUGAGUAUGGGAGCAAUGCCACAUUUCAGUUGCCUGGCUUUUUACCUUCUCAUGUAUUCGAGGAUGAAGAUGAUAUGCCUACCAAUUUAUGCAAGGAUGCUGGUGACAAAUCACCACUAGAAGCCACUCAUGCUGUAGAAGAUCUGGAAACAUGUGCAGUUACUCCCAGUGACAGGCGUCACCACAUUUUAGAAGAUGUGGAUGGUGAGCUUGAAAUGGAAGAUGUUACUGGAUCUCCCAAGGAUGGGAGACUCAUGAAUGGGAAUGAUUUUUUUGAAUUGGAUUCACAGCGACACAGUUCGGAUAGGAUUUCAGAAUCAGCUUCUCAUAAUCUCCCUGAGUUGCCCCCUUUGCCUCUGGGUUCUCCACCAUUGCCUUUAGGAUCUCCACCUCCUCCUCCACCCUUACCUCCUUCACCUCCUCCUCCCCCACCACCUUCGUCUCCAUCACCACCUCCACCACCACCUCCACUGCCAUCACAACCACCACCUCCGUUACAGCCACCACCACCAUCACAACCACCUCCACUGUCUCUGCUGCCUUCAGGUCCUCCACCAUCAUUUCCACCACCAUUGCCACCGCCAACUUCAUUGCCAUCCCAACCACCAAUGCUACCUCAACAAUCAUUGCCACCACAGUCGGUGCCACCUCAACCAUCGCUACCACCACCCCAGCCAUCACUUUCAUCAUCUUCACCACAAUUGGUAUAUCAGCAACCUGUACCUCAAGAUUAUUGUAGGACUCAAAGUGGAAGCCAACUUCUACAAAUUGCAGGAAGUGCUCCUCCUCAUCCUAGCCAUGCUAAUGCUACUAUACGGAAUGAAAUGUUUCCGCAGCAGUUACAUUGUAUUACGCCUACAGGAAUUUGCAAUACACGUGAACCAUCUGGAUUUAAUUCCUCCAGACCAUUUGAAUUUGGACAUAAUGACGUGCAUUUAAACCUCCAAGCUCAACCCACCCAACAGUUUCAAUCAGCUAAUGGACCUUUUGCCCAGAGGCCUUACCAUCCUGCUCCACCUGCAGCACCCCCUGCAGCCCCCCCUGCGCAAACCUCGUCCAACCACCUACAUUAUACAAAGCCUGUUCAUCAACACAUACAGCAAGUCUAUUCCCAUCCUUACUCCACACCACCCCUUCCCAAUGGUCGGAGGCAAUAUGUUCCUGAUGAAAAAUGGAGAAUGCCUUCAAAUGAAUUAAAUCCAGAUAAUCAUCAUGGCAUGUGGGUGGGUGGAGGGAGAGUUUCUAAUUCCGGGCCCUUUGCUCAGGAAGGCUAUUUUCGUCCACAUGUUGAAAGACCUACAAAUAAUAUGGGUUUCCAGCAUCCUGUUCACAAUCCUCUGCCAUCGGGACCUCCAAUACCAGUUCGUCCAGGUAAUGGUGUUGCCCAGAUGCCCAGUAGACCAGACAUGGCUGCUGUCAAUUGUUGGAGGCCAGGUUAAGGUUCAUCCUGCAGUUUGAUUACUUUUGAGUCUCAUGAAGCUGGUGAUGCGACACUGGGAAGGAUUUUUGCACUCUGUGCUGCUUCAAAGGAAGAGUUAUGCUCCCAGAUGACUUCUUUCCCAACAGCCAGAAGCCACUGCAGAAUGCUGUUGAGAUGUGGCUAAGAUUCUUGGCAAGACUCUGUAUAUUGUAACUUUUUUGCUGAUAACUUCAUGCUGCAGACAGUUGCUGCUGAGCGUAAGACCAUGUUUUUGACUCAUUGAGCAAAACCUGUUCUUGACUUCUGUAAUUAUACUGUUCAUACAAUAUAAAGAAAUUUAUUUCAAGAUAA